UUUACUUCCGGUCCACUUAUCUGCAAAGGACGAUGGUCUGAACAAGAAGUAAUUCUUCGCAAAUCUCCGCAAAAAUCGAUUAGUGAUGGCUGGGUGUAGUUAUUUAUUUUUGAUUACUCUUCUAUUUACAAGUUUACAGAUUUCAUCAGCGGACUCAAAGAUCUCGGAUGUCGUUUAUAAUCGUUCAAAGGAGUCCGCUGUGAGAGAUCCCGGCGUGUUUUUAGCGAUCAUAGCUCGUAACGCCGCUCAUCUUCUGCCGAAUUGGCUCGCAUGCAUCGAGAAUUUGGAUUACCCAAAAAAUCGAAUGUCUGUUUGGAUCAGAUCAGACCAUAAUGAAGACAAUACAUCAAAGAUACUACAAGAAUGGUCUCAAAAUGUAAAACAUUUAUACCACAGAGUUUUGGUAAAUGUGUCUGAUACACCUAGUAAGUAUGAUGAUGCUGUGGGCCCAGCAGAGUGGCCAGACAGCAGAUAUCGACAGAUGAUGUAUCUUAGACAAAAGGCUUUGGAUAGCGCAAGAAAACAGUGGGCUGACUAUUUAUUUGUAAGAAUACAAGAGACAUUACUUUUUAUUGACCAAGUUAAGACUGUUAUUUCACCAAUGAUUGAAGUUUUUGGAGGAAAGGCUGCAUAUUCUAACUUCUGGGGUGGAAUGGAUGAAGAUGGGUACUAUGCUAGGUCUGACAACUACUUUCCAAUGCUUCAACGAGAGGAAAAGGGUUGCUUUGAAGUGCCAAUGAUUCACUCCACCAUGCUGAUAGAUUUAAGGAAGACUAUAAGUGAUCAGUUGAGAUAUAAUCCCCCUUUAUCAAGUUACCAUGGAGAAGAGGACGACAUUCUUGUGUUUGCACAUUCUGCAAGGGAAGCAGGAAUAAACUUGAACCUCUUAAAUAAAGAGGUGUAUGGGUAUAUGUUAAGCCCUGCAGAUGCCAAUAGCACCCUGGAAGACAUGAAGGUUCAUUUUACUCAUGUAAAGCUUGAGUGGUUUGUUGAUCAUCCCGAGGAAUUGAUGCCUGUUAGUUCACAUAUUACUGUUCAAUAUCCCCCUCCUGGAAAGCUGGGUUUUGAUGAGGUACAUUAUAAAACAUUGUAUGCAUGUGGUUUGGGAGGCGGUAAAAACUUUUGUUCGUUUAUUUGUUUUUGUCUUUGUUGUCAUCAUCACUUUUUCUUCCAUUUUGACAGGUUAUUAACUGACCAGCAGGUUAAAGACAUGGGAAUUAAGAUGUUACCAGGUUACAAAGAUCCGUAUGGUAAAAGGCCGCUAACCAUGGGAGAAAUCGGAUGCUUCUUGAGUCAUUACCUAAUUUGGGAGGAGAUGAUCAAUAAUGGUUUGGAUAAAGUGUUGGUGUUAGAAGAUGAUGUCCGAUUUGAACCCGAUUUUCGGAAUCAGCUUCAAGAUCUACUCCAAGAGGCAAACGCCCUGUCGAGCGAGUACCCCUGGGAACUAAUUUAUAUAGGGCGCAAGAGAUUCCACAGUAAUGCUGUUACAAUGGUUCCAGGAGCCUCGGCACUAGCUUGGGCUGAAUAUACUUAUUGGACGUUGGGGUAUGCCAUUUCAUUACGAGGCGCCCGCAAACUUGUGUCUGCGAAACCGCUGGAGAAAAUGGUCGCCGUGGACGAGUUUUUACCUAUUAUGUUUAACAAGCAUUUAAAAUCGGAGUGGGCCAAUCACUUUUAUCCCCGUAACCUUGUUGCCAUGACAGCAGAGCCCUUACUUCUGUACCCAACUCAUUACGUGGGAGAUGAAGGGUACUUCAGCGACACUGAAACCACCGGCUUGAUUCCGCCAGAACUACAACAAACCGACACGCUUAAAGGAAAACUUGAACUUUGAUAUUAACUUUAAACGAACGUAUUCCGUUAAAAUUUACCCCAAGAAAUGAAGAGAAAGCGAUACGUAGCAUACUUUCAAGUAUUGUUUUUAAGCAAGGGUCACAUGUUCACGUCUAAGUUACGUUCGACGAGUAGAGCUAAGCGUUCUGAUGCCUUACGGUCGAAAUUAAUUCACUGCCGUUAAGCAAUGUUGCGAUUUUCAACUCAGCGUUGCAUACUAAAAACGAUCGUCGCUUUCGCCUAUAGUGUUGCAUUCAAUUAGUUAUUAAGUGACGCAAUUCGCGUAUCACAUUUCACACUUUGUUAUGAAGUUCAAGAGGAAUAUCAAUACUUACAUUAUAUAUAAGGAUUAUUGAAAGAAAUUCGAAAUUUUAUAGCUAUUUUUCAUGCCCCAAAUCGAGCCCUUAUCAUAGUUUGCAGUGUUUGCGGCGCAGAACAGAUUAAAUAUUUACGUCAAAAAUUGUGAAAAUUUUAAAAUGCUUUAUUUUGCGAGUGAAAAUUUAUGGAGAGAAUUUUUCAAUAAAUAAUUGGAUGAAAGUA